GACAUCCCAUGCCAUGUACGUCUCCAAACCAGUCUCCCUUCUCCUCGCCCUCGGAGGCGUAGCAGCAGCCACCGGAUGUGGUGAUGCUGAUGCCUGUCCUCUGACUGAAUAUUGUACGACUGCGACCUUUACAUCUCCGUCGACAACGACUAUCACCACCUGUGUUCCCACGGCGACAUGCUUGGGGGUCUAUUCGAGCUGUGAAUAUGGAGGUACAACCCCAUUCUGCUGCUCUGGUUAUUGCGCAGCGACGAAGUGCCGUUCGACUGAUCCAAAAUGGCCCAAUUGCUCGGAGGAUUUGGGUGUUUGCUUGGCGGAUGAGAACUGCUGCUAUGGGAAUAAGUGUGUUGAGGGUCUUUGUCAGAGGAAUAGAUAAGAAGCUGUAGUGUUAUGAUGAGCGAUACAGCUCGGCGUUGGUAGAUCUUGGUGACAUGGGUGGCUACCCAUUAUGAGCCUCUGGGGAACCACUGUAGAGACCCAUGAUGAGCACUGCCCAUGGCGAGCUGUAAGCCCGGUAUGAUGAAUUGCUUGUGGACAGUGACACAGACUGGUAGGUCCAUUUCGUGGGUCUAUUUCGUUUACCAAGUCCGUGGAAACGAAUCAGCUAGUGCUUUUAUGGAGGUCUG